AUGCCUGCUGUCAUGCCCUUACUCCCGCUUGGUACCAGCCUAUCACUCGGCAACAAGCACUACAACCCCCAGUACAGCCUAGAUAAUCUCAUACAAGACAUCAAGAUUUACCUAGGUGAGAGCGGCGGUAUUUCCUCCGCAGACGUGGACAACGAAUACCUGAUCUCGUUGGCACAAAAGUAUAUUUCUGAUCCAAACGACUGGGCCCGCUUUUACUACAACGACACCAGCAAGAAUUACACCCGAAAUGCUAUUGAAAACAUCAACCAAAAAGCAAAUAUCCUAGAUCCUAUCAAAGCUAGAGCCCAAGAAUUAGAGAUUAACACAUCCCAGCUCCUCCUUGUAUGGAACCCCGGGAAAGGCUCCCCUGUCCACGACCACGCCAAUGCACACUGCAUCAUGAAGGUCUUAGCUGGCACACUACAGGAGACCAUCUACAAUGUCCCUGAUCAGGACUCGGAUCUUCAUGGUCCCCUGGAAAUCAAGUCUGAUACAAGGCAUACCAUGAAUGACGUUGCUUAUAUCUCGGAUGAUAUCGGGCUACAUCGCGUUCAUAAUCCGAGCAGUGACCAUGUUGCUGUCUCUCUUCACUUAUAUACCCCGCCCAAUGCUGCCGAUUACGGAUAUAAUAUCUACAACGAAGAGACAGGCAAAGCGAGCUUUGUAAAUCAGGCUCAAGCCGUUCCUCAUAAAGAUUGA